AUGUCAUCACAAGCUAGCACCAAGGCUAUAACCAGGAUGUUUUUGUUUGUCACUGUUAAAGGAAAUUAUGGUUUCACAAAAUGUGCUUCAUUAGAAGCUUAUCCUCUGAGUGAAAGCCAAACUUUUUUCAAGAGAAGAGAAGUAAUUGGUCUUGGCUUCUGCAAAAGCUUCCUUGAUGUUAUUUUACAACUACAGCUCAGAGCAACAGCAGAAGAAGCUCCUUGUGAACUAACAGUUGCUCCUUCCGGGUUUGCCUUCUUCGAAAAAACUGUGGGCACUGGCCCUGAGGCUGUCAAGGGACAGCUCAUUAAGGCACAUUAUGUCGGGAAAUUGGAGAGUGGUAAGAUUUUCGAUAGCAGCUAUAAUCGUGGAAAGCCUCUCACGUUUCGAGUUGGGGUUGGUGAGGCAUGCCCAUAUAAUUUCUCGAAACUUUAUGCUGUGCCUGUGGGGGGGAACGAAUUAAAUGAUCAAUUUGUUCAUCUUGGAAUAUAAAAAUCUAAACUUUAUGCUGUGCCUGUGAGGCAUGCCCAUAUAAACGCAAGUUGAAGCUCCCUCCAGAACUGGGAUAUGGCAAGAGAGGGGCUGGGUGCAAGGGAGGUAAUUAGCAUUCAUUAUGUUUCUUGACCAACAUAGCUUGUUUCUAUUGAUGGCAUCUGGGCUUCUGUUCAUUGGAAAGGCUUGAAAGUUGAAGCUUUGAUGCUGCUCAACUGCCCUUUGAAGGUUGUAUUUGAUAAAUUACAGUAUGGCUUCAUCAACUAGUUAAUCAGGAAGUUGUAUGAGAUUUUGGUCGAGCUGAACUUGUCAAUCAAAGGCUGGCUUUUUGUCUGUCUGUUUGUUUUAAUUUAUGUAUUUAAUCAGUUCCACCUUUCUAUUCAGUGGAGAUGUUCGGCAUUGCUGCAACUAUGAGAAAAAAAAUUAUUAUUAUUGAUAUAUUAAUUAUUUUUU